GGAAGAGAGGAGAGGAGAGGAGAGGAGAGAGUUGUGAGCGUGCCGCCCGGCCACAGCUUUCGCAGGCGCGCGCUGCACGGAUGCUGGAGGCGCUCGCCGCGCGCCCUGCUCCCCGCCACCAUGUCCAACCCUCCGCACGACCCGUUCUACUCGUCGCCCUUCGCGCCGUUCUACCGGAGACACUCGCCGUACGUGGUGCAGCCCGAGUACCGGAUCUACGAGCUCAACAAGCGCCUGCAGUCCCGCACCGAGGAGAGUGACAAUCUGUGGUGGGAUGCAUUCGCUACAGAGUUUUUUGAGGAGGACGCCACACUGACCCUCUCCUUCUGUCUGGAGGAUGGACCAAAGAGAUACACCAUUGGACGGACCCUCAUCCCUCGUUACUUCAGCACGGUGUUUGAAGGAGGAGUGACGGACCUGUAUUACAUCCUCAAACACUCCAAAGAGUCCUUCCACAACUCCUGCAUCACUGUGGACUGCGACCAGUGCACCAUGGUCACCCAGCACGGCAAGCCCAUGUUCACCAAGGUGUGCACGGAAGGACGUCUGAUCCUGGAGUUCGCCUUCGACGACCUAAUGCGGAUCAAGACGUGGCACUUCACCAUCAGACAGUACCGUGAGCUCAUCCCACGCAGCGUCCUCGCCAUGCACGCUCAAGACCCUCAGGUUCUGGAGCAGCUCUCCAAAAACAUCACCCGAAUGGGUCUCACCAACUUCACCCUCAACUACCUCAGGUUGUGUGUUAUCCUGGAGCCCAUGCAGGAGCUCAUGUCCCGACACAAGACCUACAGCCUCAGCCCCAGAGACUGUCUCAAAACCUGCCUGUUUCAGAAAUGGCAGCGGAUGGUGGCACCACCAGCGGGACAUCCACAGAACUUCAAAACGGAAAUUUUCCCCACAAAUCACAAGAAAGAGCCCACUCGACAGACCACCACGAAAAGGAGAAAGAGAAGGAACUCGGCCAGCAGCGCGUCUAACAGUAGCCUUGGCAACAGUGCAGGCAGUAAGAAACGGAGCCCAGCCAACAGCUUCAACCUGACCAGCCAGGUACCUGAUGUGAUGGUGGUGGGUGAGCCCACCUUGAUGGGUGGGGAGUUUGGUGAUGAGGACGAGCGUCUGAUCACACGGCUGGAGAACACGCAGUACGACGCCACCAACGGCCUCGACGACGAUGACGACUUCACCAGCUCGCCGGCACUCGGCAACAACAGCCCGUGGGCCAGCAAGCCACCCCCAGGCCAGGACAGCAAACCAGAGAGCACAGCCUCCCAACCCUCUCAGUAAAGAGACACUGCACGCAGUGCUGCCUCUGCGCCAUCAGGGUGGCGCUAUCUCUCUCUCACACACACUCUCUCACUCUGUUUUCUUUUUUCCACCAACAAGAUGUCGAAACCUGUGGUUCUCGGAAACUUGGAAAUGGCAGUUCCACCGCCUUGUGAUGCCGUUCUCCCACAGCUCACAGGAGUGUUGCAUGAUACAACUAAAAGUAAAGGGUCUGUCAUUAUAAAAUCUUUAGUCUGAAUAACAGGUUGAUGUGCUACAUGCAGUGAAUUCGGCGUUUAAAGGAAUUAGGCAAACCAGCUUUAAAUGGUUGGCUACUGUGCAGUUUGAAGAGCAAGCAUGCUAACUAGCACAAUAGCCUGAAGUUUACCUGAAGUUGUCAGUGAAUCUAGAUACAUUUUUAUCAAGUUUCAGAUCAUAUUCUUUUAAAACUUACUAAAGCUUUUGGCAGAUUAGCUACUGUGCUUUUUCUAUGAGGAAAGGAUUAUUAUUUGAAGCUGUGCCAAACCUGAGUUUUAUUAGCGGUUUAGCCGACAGCUAAUAACGAGAUUAAACUAAAAUUCUCCACAAAACACAGUAAAUUCAGUUUGUUCCUGCACCACAGAGACUUGAGCUUUUACUUGGUCUUAUAUCAGUCAACUGGUGAACCUCUGUGCUAAAUGCCAACAAGCUUCCAAAAUACACCAAAUUCUGGAUUUGCUGGUUUGUCUAGCAGGAAAAUCAUGAUUUCCCUGCUGCUAUUGUUUAUUUUUUCCCAAAAAAAUUUGGAAAAUAGAGGGUCUUUUGUGAACUUCAUACUGUCCUGACAUUUUAAUGCCCUACAACCCUUUAGAUCACCAUUCCUUAGUUCCAGACCAACAGGUUAAUGAGACUGGAAUGGCUACGAUUUUGUGGAGACGUGUGGAACAACUCAAAUUUAGGCUCUGGCACCUCGUUGGUGGAAAAAGGCAUGUUGUUUUCCGACCUCACUUUCUAUCCCAAUGAUGUAAUUCCCCUGUCAUGAUUUCAAUGGCACUGUCCAUUUUCUCCAGAGACUUUAAUUUCUUUGCUUUGGGCAACACGUUGAGAAGCUCAUCAGACUAAACAAUGGAUACUUCUAAAAAUGGACUGAAAAAGGAAAGAAUGCCAUGAAAAGAAAAACCUGCACUGAUGUGUGAGAUGUUUUGGAGGACUAAAGCAGCCCAAACAGCAGCAUAUAAACUAUAGACGGUCACCAAGGUAGCAAUACAUCUCCAUGGCGACUGCAGUUUCCAGCUGCGCUGGACGACGGCCAAUCACAGACGAGAAGGGUGCUGUUGGUUGUCCUCUCAUUGGAGAGCCGCCGAACUCCGAAAGCAGCCGCUGAGGCCGACCCCUUCACAAUUACAUCGUUUUAGGUUCACUCAGCUUUAUUAUUAUCAUCAUUUUUUUCAUUCCUCUUCAGUUUCUUGCAUUCUUCCGAGACAAAGAGGUUCCUCGUCUUUUGCUCGUGUUUGAGGGGGGAGAAGAGAUUCCGCAAUUGUGUAAAAUUUACAGUUGUAAUUUUACCAAAAAAAAAUUAUUUUGUUUUCUGGGUCUAACUGUGUUAUUUUUAAGGACGUUGUGAAUAAUCUGUGAUCUCCUUGUACUGUACCAAUGAGGUUGGGACUCGUUCUCCGAUCGAAGGCACAUAUUGAAAAGCAUAUUCGUCCAAAUCUUACCUCUUUAUCCCUUUAACAACCUGUUCCCAGACUGGACUGUAACACGUUCCUGCAUGAUGUUUUGAAAUCUGUAAAGCAUUUUCUGUUCAUUUCCGUGGUUGGAGGCCACGCUGGGUUCAGUUCAUCGGUUUAGGAAAGCUGUCAGAAGGGUUGUGGCUGUGUAAAUAAAGACGCCGUCCGCUCUGUUGGAUCCUGUUGAAGGCCACUGGCCCUGAUGUGUAAAGGCAGCUGUUUUGAUUGACUUUCAGUUGGCAGUGUGGUUACAGGCCUCACCAGUGUGCACCUAAAUGAGAGACGUACUUUAAUUAAGCAUAAAAAGCUUAUCAAUUCAGGAUCAGGUGGCUCUGCACAAAUAGAGACUUUGUGUAUUGUGUAAAAUUUCCAGUAAUAUGAGGUUAAAAUGUGCAAAGGUAUAGAAUUGAACAAUGAUGUUGACGAUGAUGAUGAUAAUGGUGGUGAUGAUGCCGAUAAUGGUCAGAAUGGUCUAUACCCAGCCAGCCAAACCAUGUAUUUUGGGUCUGUUCCUUUUGUCUUUUAACCGUUUUUACAAUUCAGACUUUUUUCCCCUAAAUAACUUAUACCCUGCUGUAUUUCCAACAUAAUGGACGAGACUUCUCAGAGUUCUCAGAGGUCUUGUUCCAAUCUUGUAUUACUAGAACUCUGCACUCUUUGUAUAAUAUUUAGCAGAGGUGUUUUUGUGUCAUAUCCAAAGUCUUGUAUGUAUGCUUUGCCAUUUUGUGUGCCAAUAAAACGUGCUUACAGGAUGAA